AUGGCUGAACAAUCAAUAAUAUUAUGUUAAUUGCACUCCGAAGAAGUUGUAGCCAUUGAUGAAACAUAGCAAGAUUUGAAUAUAAGAAAAUUAUGUCUAAAAUGUUUAGCCUAAGGGUACAAAAGGAAAGUAACUUUAAUCAAAGAAUCAAUCAACUAAGUCAGGGAAAUGAAAGCAAUAAUUAAGUAAGAUAGAUAGAUUUAACUUUAAAAUAAUAUUGAAUCCUUCAAAAGCUUAAUUAGUAAUAUUGAAUAACUCAAGACUUACUACAUUUAAUAAAUAGAGACAAUAGUUUCUAUUGUUUAAAAAUGGAUGCAGUAAUUUGAAAAUAUGGAAGAAGAAUAUCUUAAUAAAGUAGAAUCUAAAGAGGAAAAUGACAUCCAAUCUUUUUUAAAUUUUAUUUAGUAAUAACAGGACAUAUAAGUUAAGUAAGAACCUUAAUUUUAAUAAUAAAUUCAAAAUUCUUUAAUCAAUUUAAAAGAAACAAAAGCAUUACAGAAAUGCAAUGAUAUUUUAGCAAAUAUUCAUCCGAUAUCUAAUGUAUUUGAAAAGGAUAUAACAUUCGAGGAUGAAAAAAAUGAGAAUAUUGUAAGAUUUAAAUUAUUAAUAGUAGCAAUUAAAUCUAUUCUGCGAAAAUCAUAAAUAAAAACGGAUUUCUCUAAUAGAUAUGGGCUAGGAGAAGAUAAGUUAAAGACGUUUAGCUUGUAAAAAAUGUUUGGAUAAUUAUCCUUCAUCUAACUAUAAAACUGUCAGUUAUGCAUAUUCUUAGUGGAUAUAGAUAUUAUAAAAAAGAUAAGAGAAUAUGUAAAGAAAUUUAGAAUAGACACAUGAAAAAGUAGAGUCUAUAAAAUAAAUAUAUGUUAUAAAUGUAAAAUGGCAUCAAUCAAUAAUUUGAGAAAUCUCUAUAAAAACUUACUACUAAUUAUAUUUAAUAUGAAUCUAAAGUUAAUUAAAUAAAAUGUAAAAUUAAUCUCUCAUGGUACAAACUAUCGAAAGAAGAGAUAUUAAAUAUUGUUGAAGAAUUAUCUAAUAUCAAUAAUCCAUCUAUAUUUGAUGAUCCAUUAUAUAAAGAAUAUAUAAUCAAAGAUAAUUUGGCCAAUCAAACUCUUAAAGAUAUUCUUUUAUUUUUGUAAGAAUGUUAAGUAACAUAUUUGGAUCAAUUGAAUCCUUUCAUUAAAAGUUUAAUAUUUGUAGAAACUAAUUAAGGAUUAAAAAGCACUUUGUCUGAUUUCGAUUAAAAUCAAAAGUUAACAUCAGAGUCUAGUACAUAAACCGAUUUAAAUCAAAAGCUAACAUCAGAGUCUAGUAUAUAAGCCGAUUAAAAUCAAAAGCUAACAUCAGUGUCUAGUACAUAAACUGAUUUAAAUCAAAAGCUAACAUCAGUGUCUAGUACAUAAACUGAUUAAAAUCAAAAGCUAAUAUCAGUGUCUAGUACAUAAACAAUUACGUAACAAGAUAUUUUUUAGCACUAAGAGUAGACUCUUUAGAAUUAAGGUCUUGUUAAAAAAAAUAAAAAUUUAAAAUUACAUUUAUAAUUGUAUUCAUAAAUACUAUAGUAAAACACUUAAUAACAUGAAGAGAAAUCAAUAAAUAAAUAAUUUAAUUAUUAACUAAUUUAAAAUAGUUCAAUUAGGGAAGAUAAAUGGUGUCGUGCAAUGGCUUUUAAUAAAGAUGGCACAAUUUUAGUUGUUGGAUCAGAUAAAUAUAUAAAAGUAUAUGAAUUUAAAGAAGGCAUAAUUAAAUUAAUAUAAAUACUUAGUGAACAUUAAAAUAGAAUCUUCACAUUAAAUUUUAUGAAAUAGUCUAAUUAAUUUAUAUCUGGAAGCGGAACAGAUGGAUGGAUUAUAAUUUGGUCAAUGAAUUAGAAUAAUUAAUGGAUCUGCUAAUAAAAAUUUAAUGAAAUCUCAUCAGGCAUUUAAAGUUUAGUAUUAAGCAAAAAAGAGGAUAUAAUUGUAUCAGGCAGUAAAGAUAAUAAAAUUAAAUUUUGGAUUAAAUAGAAUUAAUGGGUAUGUCAAUAAACAAUUAUUGAACAUAAAAAAUGUGUCAAUGCAUUAAGCUUAAAUAAUGAAUAAAAUAGAUUGAUUUCAUGUGGAGAUGACUAAUAAAUAUUAAUAAUUAAUUUUUCACAAUAAGAUAAAAAAUGGAUUGUUUAAUAGAAAAUAAAUGUUAAUAAUGUUGGUAAUAGAUUAUGUUUCAUUAACAAUAAAUUAUUCACAUUUUAGGAAGUUGAAAAUGAUCAAUUGCAUAUUUAUGAAUUCUAUAAUAUCAAAAAUGGAUAAUAAUAUAUAAAAACUAAAGAUGUUCAAAUUAAGUAUACCUAAAAUGAUGGUUUUUGUUUGUUUCCUUAGCAAUAUAUAUAAUCAAAAGAUUUACUAGUAAGUAAGAGUGGAUAAUAUGUUAACUUAAUAAAAAUAAUGAAGGAUGGAUAAUUUGUAACAGAGAAAUCUAUUGAGUUUUAAAGUAAUGGUUUAUUUGGAUGUAUGAGUGAAGAUGGUGAAUAUUUGAUUACUUGGGAUGAAAUAUCAAAAGAAAUACAAAUAAGGAAAUAUUAAGAAAUCUGA